CUAUUAUGGCCUACUGGUAUACUAACACUCCAAAUUACCUUCAAUCUUCAACACUUUCUUCACAAUUUUGCUAAACAAGUAGUAAUAAUUCAUCAUUUUUGCUAUUAACAAUGCCUAAAAAUAGCAAUUCCAAGAAACCUAAACCAAUAGAGAUAGAAAAGGAGAAACCAAAUUCUUCUUCAACGAAACCUAAAAAACCAAUUAGUGAAAUUGACGAAAUAUUUGCUGGAAGAAAGAGGAAGAAACCUGAAAAAGUAGAAAAAUCAAGUGGAGAUGUUGUUAUAGAGCCAAAAAAAGUGAAGAAAAACAAGGAAAAAAGUGUUAGAAUACGUAAAGAUAAUGUUUUUUCUGAGGUGCCACGUCAUUCGAGGAAGAAAACAGCAGAUGGGUUUACUUUAUAUACUGAAGAGGAGUUGGGUAUUGGGAAAUCUAAUGCUGGAGGUACCAAGCUUUGUCCUUUUGAUUGUGACUGUUGUUUUUAGUGAAUCUUGAUUGAAUUAUCAGUUUUGUAGUAGUAUAUGUCCAUUUUGAGGAUAAAGUUUUGUUCUUUUUACUGACUGGUGUAACAAUUUUAUUUGAAUGUAUGAACAUAAUUUUGUUUUUUAGACUUAAAUUGAUUGUGACUCUUGUUUUUAGUAUAUUUUGAGAGGAUCAUUUUGAUUAGAUGAACUAGAUCAGUUUGUAAUGAAGUUGUAGUCACCAUUUUGAGGAUGGGGUUUUGUUCUUUUUA